AUGAAUAUAUUGGAUGAUUUAGAUGAUGAACUUGAUCAAUUAGAAACAAAUAUUAAACCAAAGGUUAAACUACUAAAUCAAAAGAAAGAAAAUAAACUUAUCGAUGAUGAUCUUGAUAAUGAUCUUGAUGAUGAGGAUGAUUUGAAUCUACCGAAAAUAAAACCAUCAACUAAAUUCAAAAAGAUGAAAAAAGAACAUGCCCUUCGAAUUAAGAAUGAAACCCCGUCAUCACCAUUGUUAUCACAAGGUGUCUCUUCUCGUAUAUCAUCUACACCGGCAACACCAUCAGUUUCUGAACCAUCAAUAUACAAACAAAAUAAUGAAAUAAUAAAUGACAUAAAUGACAUAAAUGACAUAAAUUUAGACAAUUUUUCAAAUAUUGAAGCAGAUAGAGAAUGGUAUAAUAUAGAUGAAGAAAGUGCUCUUAUUAGAGAUGAAGAAAUUAUUGAAGAUCCACCACCACAAAACCAUCGUAAGAGAUUUCGCAAUACCAAACAUCCUAAAAGACCCGCAACAACAACAACAACAUCAUCAUCAUCAUCAUCAUUGUCAUCGUCAUUCAAUGAAACUGGAGCAACAUUUAAUGAAUUUGGUGAAUAUAUCGAUUAUGAUCAUCAACAAUCUUUAAAUGAAUUAAAUCGAAUACCUAUAAUUAGUCAUAUUUUCAUUCCACCAUUUCUUGAAAAUCUGAAACAAUAUUUACAAUUACAAAUUUCUGGUUCAAGUAUAAGAGGAAUUGGACCUACAGUGAAUCCAAUUAAAGAUCCAACAUCUGAAUUAGCAUCAAUGGCCAAACAAGGGUCAUUUAUUGUACAAAAUCGAAGAUCAAAACGUGAAAGAGCAUUACAAGCCAAAGAAGCAGCAGGAAUAGACAAUAGUAAUAUUGGAUCUAUUAUUGAUACCCAUAAUACCAAAAAAGAAGAAGAACAACCAAAGGGAAAAAAUUUGAACAAUAAUGAAACAACAACAACAUACCAAGAUAUACAACAACAAAGAAAAUUGUUACCGGCUUUUGCUGUUAGAAAUGAUUUAUUAACCACCAUAAGAGAUAAUCAAGUGACUAUUGUUAUUGGAGAAACUGGAUCUGGGAAAACAACUCAAUUGACACAAUUUUUAUAUGAAGAUGGAUUUGGAAGUAAUAUUGAUAAGAAUGGUGAAAAAAAAAUCAUUGCUUGUACUCAACCUAGAAGAGUAGCAGCUAUGUCAGUUGCUAAAAGAGUCAGUGAAGAAAUGAAUUGUAAAUUAGGUGAAGAAGUUGGAUAUUCAAUUAGAUUUGAAGAUAAAACUAAUAAUAAAAAAACUAUUAUUAAAUAUAUGACUGAAGGGAUUUUAUUACGAGAAAUUUUGGUUGAUCCUUUAUUAAUUAAUUAUAGUUGUAUUAUAAUGGAUGAAGCUCAUGAAAGAUCAUUAAAUACUGAUAUUCUUUUAGGAUUAUUUAAAAAUUUAUUAAGUAAAAGAAAAGAUUUGAAAUUAAUUAUUACUAGUGCUACAAUGAAUGCCAAUAGAUUUACUAAAUUUUUCGGUGCUGCUCCACAAUUUCAUAUCCCAGGGAGAACUUUCCCAGUUGAAAUAUUUUUCAAUAGAGAUGUUAAUAUGGAUUAUGUUGAAAUGGCGGUUAAACAAAUUUUAACAAUUCAUUUAGGUAGAUGGAAUAUAAAUGCAACCAAUGGUAAUGGUAAUGAUGGUGAUAUUCUUGUGUUUAUGACGGGUCAAGAAGAUAUUGAAAUUACUUGUGAUUUAAUCAAAGAAAAAUUGGAUUUACUAGAAGACCCUCCACCAUUAGAUAUUUAUCCAAUUUAUUCUACUAUGCCUCAAGAUUUACAAAAAAAAAUAUUUAAUAAAAUGAAUUUACAAAGAAGAAAAGUAGUAGUGGCAACGAAUAUAGCAGAAACUUCAUUAACAGUUGAUGGAAUUAAAUAUGUUAUUGAUUGUGGACUUGUUAAAGUUAAAGUUUAUAAUCCCAAAUUAGGUAUGGAUACAUUACAAAUGGUUCCAAUUUCAUUAGCUAAUGCUGAUCAACGUAGUGGUAGAGCUGGUAGAACUGGUGCUGGUAUUGCUUAUCGAUUAUAUACUGAAAAAGCUACUGAUCCCAAUAAUAUGUAUAUUCAACCAAUACCAGAAAUUCAACGAAGCAAUUUAAGUAAUAUUAUGUUACUUUUAAAAUCUUUGAAAAUUAAUGAUAUUAAUAGUUUCCCAUUUUUAGAUCCUCCACCAAAAGAUCUUUUAAAUUGUUCAUUACAUGAUUUAUGGGCUAUUGGAGCAUUAGAUAAUCUUGGACAAUUAACAAAAUUAGGUCAAUCAAUGAUUCAAUUCCCUAUUGAACCAACAUUAGCAAAAUUGAUUUUAUUAUCUACUCAAUCUGAAUUUCAUUGUUCUGAAGAAAUAAUCACUAUUGUUGCCAUGUUAUCAGUCCCCAAUAUAUAUAAUCGACCUAAAGAAAGAUCUAAUGAAGCUGAUAUGGCAAGAGAAAAAUUCAUUAUAUCGGAAUCGGAUCAUUUAACUUUAUUAAAUAUUUUCAAUCAAUGGGAAAUUAAUUUAAAUAAAUUUAAAGGUGAUUAUAAUAAAAUUAAUAAUUGGUGUAAUAAAAAUUUUUUACAAUUAAAAUCAUUAUAUCGAGUUAAAGAUAUUAAAUAUCAAUUAAAAUUAAUUAUGCAAAAAAAUAAAUUGACAAUUUUAAAAUCUAAAAAUGAUAAUGAUAUCCGUAAAUGUCUUUGUGCAUCAUUUUAUCAACAACUGGCAAAAUUAAUUAAAAUGAAUUUAAAUGGACAACCUGAAUUUAUUAAUUUACGUCAUUCUUAUAUGAAAAUGUUUUUACAUCCAACUAGUUGUUUAUUGGAUAGUAAUUUGAGUACUAAUUAUGUUAUAUAUCAUGAAUUAAUAUUGACGAAAAAAGAGUAUAUGAAUUAUGUAACAACAGUUGAUCCAAUUUGGUUAUUAGAAUAUGGUUAUAAAUUUUUCGGUAUUGCUGAUUCUUAUCAAAGUAAUAAGAUUGGUGCAGAUUUAAUUUCAUAUAAACAAGAAUUUGAAAAUCAAUUAUUAAAAGAUAAAAAGAUUUAUGAAGAUAUUGUUAAACAACAAUCUAAAAGGAGAUCUAAUGAAAUAUCGUCUACUAAUAAAGUUAGUUCCUUAUUUAAAAAAAGAAGAGGGAUUUAA